AUGUGUCUGUCGGUGUGGGUGCUGGACGGCCAUCCGCUCUACGCGCUGCUCCUCGCCUCCAACCGCGACGAGCUCCUCGCCAGGCCGACGGACCCCGCGCACUAUUGGCGCGACGACCCCCGCGUGCUCGCGGGGCGCGACCUGCAGUGCGGGGGUACGUGGCUGGGCGCGAGCACAGGCGGGCGCGUCGCGUUCCUCUCCAACUGCUGGGCCGUCCGCAAUCGACCCGACGCCAUCAGCCGCGGCGCCCUCAUCUCCGACUUCCUGCAGGGCGCGUGGCGCGCGGAAGGCUCGGAAGGCGCAGGGAGCGCGGAGGGAGUGGAGGGCGCAGGGGGUCCGCGGGAGUACCUAGAGUCCGUGGCGCGGCGCGCGCACCUGUUCAACGGGUUCAACCUCGUUGCUGCUGACGUGACAUUCGACGAGAGCAGGCACAGCGCGGAUGCGGCUGGGGCGGAAGAGCAGGAGCAGCAGCAGCAGCAGGAGCAGGGGCGCGGAAACGCUGAGGGGGGAGGCGCAGAGGGCGCAUGCGGGGGGGAAGCCAGCAGGAGCCCCUCCGCGCAUGUGCGCAUGUACUACCUGACCAAUGCCCCGCCACACGCUGGGGAAAGCGCAGGCAGUGGCGCAGAUGGUGGUGGGGAGGAGAGGGAUGGGGCGGAGGCAUGUGGCGUGAUGCGCGUGGAGCGAGGGCUGCAUGGACUCAGCAAUGCGGCUCUUGACACUCCCUGGAGCAAGCCUGUGCACCCUCACACCAGUGCUGACGUGGCCGAGGCAGAGCACUGCCCUAUGGGGCCGGAGUACGAUCAGAGGCUGACACCUGUCUUUGUCAACUGCGACACUCCCAAGGGGGCGUGUGGGACGCGCAGCUGCAUAGUGGUGGCUGUGCACCGCUCUGGGCUGGUCGAGUUCACGGAGAAGUCCAGAAGCGCGGAUGCGCCCAGUGACUUGACUGCCGCCAUGGGAUUCCCUUCUUGCAGGCAAGGCGAGAGUGUUGAGCCGUCGCGUGAGGCGAGCGGAGAGAGCGUGGCGCAGAUGAAGCACACCCUGGGGGGCCGGCAGCUGGAAGUCAAGACAGCCACGCCCAAGGAGGAGAUGUCCAAGGGCCCCAAGGUGUCGUCCACACGCAUAUUCGUCGCGCGCGUGCCCACCACCGUCACGGAAGACAGAUUCAAGAGGUACUUCGGAGCGUUUGGCAAUGUCACUGACUGCUACAUGCCCAAGGGACACGGGUCCAAUCCGCAUCGCAACAUUGGCUUUGUGACCUUUGACGACGCAGCGUCGGUGGACAAGGUGCUGGAAGAGCCAAGGGAGUUGGAUGGAGCCACACUCGCCAUCGACAGAGCCACGCCCAAGGACGAGGGGUCAAGGGGUGGAGGUGGAGGGGGGUACCGCGGGUCCCCAGCGCGCCCCUUCCGAGCGUACCCCCCGGGGGCCAUGGCGCUGCCCAUGUCGCCCUUCGACUUCAUGCCCCCCAUGGCCGCCUUCGCCUCCGCCUACCCCGCCUACCCCCCCGCCAUGCUCUAUGGCGCGCCCAGGGACCCCGCCUAUGGCGCGCCCCCCCCUGCUGCUCCGCAGGGGCAUGGGGGGGCGGGCGGGCAGGGGUAUGGGGGGGGAGGCGGGGGCAGGGCGGUGCAUCCGACGAAGAUAUUUGUGGGGAAGCUGCCGCAUGACGCCACUGUGGGGGACAUCCGCGAGUACUUCGGGCGGUUUGGACCCGUGGAGGACGUCUACCUGCCCAAGGACUCGGCCAAGGGAGGCCACAGGGGGUUCUGCUUCGUGACGUUUUUGGAGGAGGAGGUGGCAGCCUUCGUUGCCAAGAGGCAGCAUGAGAUCUGCGGCCGCACUGUGGCAGUGGAGAGGGCAACGCCACAAGAAGGCGGUCCCCCGCCAGCCCCCUCCUCCGCGGCCUACCUGCCCUCCGCCUACGCGCCAGCCCCCUCCGACCCCUCCCUGGGGGCCUCCUCAGGGCCCAGGAGCCCUGGGGCAGCAGCAGCGGCAGCAGCGGCAGCGCAGGGGUAUUACAUGGCAGCAGCGCAGCAGGCGUAUGGGCAGGCGCCUGCUCCUGGUGCUGAGUACGGGCAAGCCGCGCAGUACAGUAGUGCAGCAUAUGGCGACCUGGCAGGCCCACCGGGAACCAUGCCUGCUGACAGGGGUGCCUCCAGGGGUGACCUGCGCUACCGCCCCUACUAA